AAUAGCAAACGAGAGGAGAAAUUUUUGAGCGUUGCGGCCGCGGGUUGCGUGAUGGUUAGUUAGAUCAGUCAGUUAUACAAUAGCAGUCUAGAUAGGUAUGUUGAAUUAAAUAAACUAGCCUCCCCCAGUGAGUUUCCACGAAUGAGUAUGAGCUGAAUCUGGGAUUUACAGGGCAAAGACCAACAUCCUAUCAUUGCCCUGCUUUGGUUUUCUCCUGUGCUGAUGCUGAUGCUCUGGCUAGCUAAGAAAUCAGGGUCUUAUGGAACAAUCAUGCACAAAGAUCAAAAUCAGAGUUUGUUGCGUUGCAUCUAAUAAGUAUGAAAUUUUCCUCUAGAAAGAAAAGUGGUUUUGAUGCAUUUUAAAAUAAUCAUGAACUGCAUUUAUAGGUAGCAAGCUUGAAGGUGGACGAUUGAUAUGAAUCAUGGACGACGCAGAAGAGGAUUAUAUGUCUGAUUCCUUUAUUAAUACUAACCAGGACAUCAGGCCAGGAAUGCCGAUGUUGAGACGUGUAAAGGAAACUUUUAAAAAAGAGGAAAAAGGAAAAGAGGCUAACCAGAAAAGUAGGCAAAAAAGCAUCAAAGAACAAGAAAAAGAGCAACGUGACAUGGUUUUAAAUGUUGCUUUGGGGAAUGAAAAUAAAGGCUUUGCUAUGCUCCAGAAGAUGGGGUACAGAAGUGGCCAACCUCUUGGCAAAAGUGGAAAGGGGAUAGUUGAGCCCAUUCCUCUGAAUAUUACUACAGGAAGAAGUGGGCUUGGCCAUGAAGAAUUAAAAAAACGAAAAGCUGAAGAAAUGCUGGAAAACUACAGAAAAAAAAUGAAUAUGAAAAAACAAGUGGAAAAGCAGACAACUGAUCUCUUCAAAAUGAGAUUGAAGACUAAGCAGGAGCAACUGCAAAUACAACGGGACCUUGAAAAAAGUCAGAAAGCCUGCCAACAAUUGGAUACACAGAAAGGCCUUGAAGUCCCCAAAGAGAUUUGGUACUGGUUAAGCCCGAAGACCGAAGAAGACCAAGAGGAAGAAGAGGAAGAAGAGGAGAAGGAAGAUGAACUCAAUGAAUCAGAAAAGUUGAUCACUUUAACAACUUAUUUAAGAGAAGAGUAUCUCUAUUGCAUCUGGUGCGGAACAAGCUACCAAGAUGAAGAAGAUCUAUCUUCAAAUUGCCCUGGGAGUACAUAUACAGAUCAUGAAUAAGUCUGUAAAAAUUCAAAACAGUAGCAAAUUUUUUAAUUUCAAUGAAGAGCAUAGCUAUGAACUAUGUUGUUCUAUAUUUUUCAUUGAGCAAAUUGGUCGUUUCUCAUUGCUCUAUGUUUGGGUAUAAAAUGGCUUUUAUGCUAUUUAAAUAAUUCUUUGGAAUAGGAACUAAUCUGUUAUUUUUCCAAGUUAUUUAUUAUUAUUUUUUUAAAUCCUGCUAUGUUUACUUCUGAAAAAUAAAAUCUAACGUGAUUGACUAGAUGCUGCA